AUGCCUCUGUCAGGAACUCCUGCCCCCCCCAACAAGAGGAAAAAGCCAUCCAAAAUCAUCACCGACCUUUCCCACAUCACACAGGAUGCGGAGGAUGAGGCGGACGCCGAGGCGACGGAGUUCGACCUGGGGACAAAGAUCAAAGCCCCCAAGGACUUGAUGCUGGAGGAGCUGUCCCUGCUGAAGAACAAGGGAUCCAAGAUGUUCAAGAUGAGGCAGCAGAGAGUGGAGCGCUUCAUUUACGAGAAUAACCCCGAUCUGCUCAACGAAUCCAUGCAGAACCUGCAGAACCUGGUGCCCUCUCUGGGGGGACAGGUGACUGACGGGGCCCCCAAUGAUCCCAACGCCCCCAUUUCCGAAACCAACGGUGAUGGCGUGGACCCCGCCCAGGAAAAGGAGAAGAAGAGGCAUGAGUACGUGAAGACCUACAUAUCACCAUGGGAGCGGGCGAUGAAGGGUGACACUGAGCUGACAGCUACCAUGAAGUUGAAGAUGCCUGGGCCGCAUGUCUUCCAAGAGCUGCCCAAGUACAAGAGCUUCAACAGGACGGCGCUGCCUUUUGGGGGAUUCGAGAAGGCCUCCCAGCUCAUGACCUUCCAGAUGCCGGAUCUGGACGUGGCCCCCGAGGAGCUGGAGCCGGCAGUGGUGUACCACCUGGACAUCAACUCCAGGCCCUCCUUCAACCGCACACCCAUCCCCUGGGUGUGCACCAGUGAGCACAGCGACGUGCUCAUGGAGCACCUGGACACCAUCCCCUUCGACGGAGAGACCGACGACCUCUAA